AGACUUGAGAAGAGAAUUUGCCAGACCUGAGAUGCCACUAGCAAAUAAUCAGGGUAAUGUUUGUCAUCAUAUUAAAUGUCUUACUUUGCAUCCCUGCUGCCUCUUCUGUGUGGGCCUGUGUCCGCUCCUGUCCUGCCAGUUGUGUCUGCACUCAAGAGAGGAGUUGCUCCAUCCUUUGUGACCGUGCUGGUCUCACACAGAUCCCCAGUGAGUUUCCCUGUGAGGCCUAUUCUAUUAACCUGGAUAAAAAUAGCAUCAAGUUCCUUGCUGAGAGGGCAUUUGGUACCCUCCCAGCCCUCAAAUCUCUCUCAAUAAGCCAUAACAACAUAUCCUUUAUCACUCCUGGAGCUUUCAAAGGGCUAGCUAGCUUGACUGAGCUAAAAAUGGCUCAUAAUGAAUAUAUUCGGUAUCUGCAUACGAGGACAUUUACUUCUCUCAAAAGACUAAUGAGACUAGACUUAGCAGACUGCAACCUGUUCAACAUUCCAGACAGGAUUUUUAUAGAGCUUCCAGCCCUUCGGGAACUCUUUUGCUUCCAGAACAACUUCCGAAGGAUCCCAGGUGCUAUAAGAGGGAUGGAGAAUUUGACCCAUGUUUAUCUGGAGAAAAACAAGAUAGAAGCCGUGGCAUAUAAUUCUCUCCUGGGUCUGAUGCGAUUGAAAUAUCUCAAUCUGCAAGACAACAGAAUCAAUGUAAUUCAUGACAGAGCUUUUCAAGAUUGUCAGAAAAUGGAAUACCUUUAUUUAAAUGACAACUUUAUCAGUGACCUCCCCGAGUACUCCUUCGACGGUCUGCGGCGUCUCAAAAUGCUUAAUAUUGGUGGUAACUUUCUGAGGAAUGUCUCUAAUACUUGGUUCCGGGACCAAUUUGAACUGGAGGUUUUGUAUUUGGACAGAAAUAGGAUAAGCUAUAUCGAAGAAGGUGCUUUUGAAAACCUCACGAGCUUGGUGUCUUUGCACUUGAACAGCAACAACUUAACCACCUUGCCUUUCUCAGUCUUCCAACCUGUCUACUUUAUAGGAAGACUCUACCUUUUCCGGAACCCCUGGGAUUGUGACUGCCGGAUUGAAUGGUUGAAAGAAUGGAUGGAAAAUUAUAGGCUUGUGAGGGAUAUUCCUUGUGCUGCCCCAUCCUCGGUAGCUGGUCUUGACUUAACUGAUGUUGUUUUUGAGAGAACAGCUGAAGGCUUCUGUCUUGAUCCAGAGGAGUUAAAUGUCACAACCAACAGUCCUUUUCCAUCUGGAGAGCCACAAUCUACCACAGAGAACAGGUUCAACAGCCUUAUCUCCAAAUUUCUACUCCAGAAGGGCCUUUCUGAAGAGGUGGUAAACACCACAGAAAGUUUUAUCAACACUACCUUGUUUGACGGAUUGACUAAUAAGGCAUCCUUUGGCCUAAGGAAAUAUAAUAUCAAACUAAUGUGUUUUUUAAACUUUUGGCUAUUCAUUAUAGUUCAAGCAAUAGAAAGUAAAUAGCUCUCAUCAGUUCUACUGAUGAGUAAAAUUUAGGUUUUGUACAGGAUAAAAUCUAUUAAGGAUACACUUCCGACAUGGAUCUGUAUGCUAAGGUUUAGUGCAUAUUUAUACAUAACAAUCUGGUCUGAGUCCACAUUUCAAAAGAAACUUCAGAUUCAUGGAGACAACAUUCAUUUUAUCAUCUCUUACAUAUAGCCUCAUUCUGCCAUUGCUCUUCCAAAAUAGUGAUUCUAAAGGCCUAACCACCUACAAUAAAUGUAAUUCAAAUUCAUACUGGCAUGAAGAGAUUAUCAGUGACAACACUAAUGUUCUAGUUAUAUUUAGUAAUCAAGUCAUGGGUUAAUAGGGAGGAUAAUGAACAAGAAAAAUGGUGACCUAGUUGGAGAAUUUCAGAGAAUGGACUCAGUUAACUUAAAUUAUUGCAAAGUGUGUAUGGGAUUUAUGUUACAUUUUGUUUGUUUUACAUACAGAAUCCUAUGAUAAUUACUCAAAAAGGGAAUCUCUAACAAUUAAAAUGCAAAGAGAAACUAAGCAGAAACGGGGAGAGAAUUAUUGUAUAUGGUCAUUUUCCAGCAUCUGGUAACUGCAAAUUAAGCAAGAUGAAAAGUGUAAUAAUCCCACUGCUGUUAAUCAUGAUUUCUUUUCCUCUCAAAAUUCUUAUAAACAUACUUCCCCAAAUAUGUAUGCAAGUAUAUCCUGCAACUUUCAAAAAGAUCAUUUCAUUUCUCUUGCCAUGCAUAUUUCCUCAUUUUAGUUGGCAGAGCAUCUUGCUGCAUACUAUAAUUGCCACACUUGUGAGAUAAAGGGCUAGCAUGUUCAGUCUCACUGUUCAGUUCUCCUCAGAGGGGGAUCAGAUGUUCUAAAAGCCUUAGAAAAUCAAUGGUGUCUCAUUUGUCUUUUCUUUUGGAACUGGAGAAGGUCCAUCAGACCUAUGACAGACUAUGAGCAGUGAAAUAGUGAAGGUAUUUCACUAUAGCGUGGUGUACCAAAAAUGCAUGUGUGGCACAUGAAUGCAAAAGGAAAAGAGGAGUCCUGCUAAGUCAGGCCAAAAAUGCAUCUACUUUAGCAUUUGGAUUCCACAGUGGCCAUCAAAAUGCCUACGGGAAGCCAACCAAGCAGAUACAAGCAUAUCAAUCUUUCCCAGCAAGUAGUAUUCAGAAGUAUAUUGUCUCUGAUACUAGAGGUAUUGUAUAGCGACUGAUAGUCUUAUUAGCUAUUAAAUUAUCUCAUUCUGUUUUAAAACCAUCUAGACUGUCAUAUACAUCUCAUGCUACUGAAUUCUAUUGAUUGGGGUGAGCUGUGUGAAAAAGUACUUCCAGUUGUCUGUCUUGAAUCUCUCAACAGCUUCAGUGGAUGAGCCUAGUGUUAUCAAAGGGAGAUCCCCCCACCCAUCAGCUUCACUUCAUCAUGUAUGUGGUUCACCCCCUCCACCUCAAGUUUUUACCUUUCUCUCUAAAUUUGCAAGCCAACCAAUUUUAACAUUUCCUCACAGCUCCCUUAAUAUUUGAAUUGUGUUCUUUGCAGUUUUUCCAGACCUAAAAUAGUCUAGACUGGAAAUGUGCACAAUAUUUCAAAUGUGGUCACAACAGAUAUUUUUAUGGUGCUGUAGUAUUGGGAAGAGAGCAAGCGUGGUGUAGUGGUUUGAGCA